GAGCCGGGGAUCCGGGGGCGCCGUCCGCCCGCGCGUCUGUCCGCGCGCCCAGGGCCCCAUGGAGCUGCCGGCCAGCAACGCCAGCUGCGGGAACGGUUCCUUGAUCAGCCUAUACUGCUCCUCCCGACAAGUCCUGUGCCAGGUCGUCGGUGACCUCAGCCCUGAGAUGCCCAGCAAUGUCACCUCUCACAGCUGGCAGGAGAGGUUUAGGCAGAACUACAGCUUCUACAUUGGCUUGGGUCUGGCCUUCCUGUCCAGCUUCCUCAUCGGCAGCAGCGUCAUCCUCAAGAAGAAAGGCCUCCUGCGACUGGUGGCCUCGGGGGCCACACGGGCUGUGGAUGGAGGCUAUGGCUACCUGAAGGAUGCAAUGUGGUGGGCUGGAUUUCUCACCAUGGCUGCUGGAGAAGUUGCCAACUUCGGGGCCUACGCAUUUGCUCCUGCAACAGUCAUCACACCUCUGGGAGCACUGAGUAUCCUCAUAAGUGCCAUCCUUUCCUCAUAUUUCCUGAGAGAGAGUCUGAAUCUGCUGGGAAAGCUGGGCUGUGUCAUCUGUGUGGCGGGCAGCACAGUGAUGGUGAUACAUGCCCCUGAGGAAGAGAAGGUCACCACUGUCACUGAGAUGGCUGCCAAGAUGAAAGACACAGGGUACAUCGUGUUUGCUGUGCUUCUGCUGGUGUUCUGCCUCAUCCUCAUCUUCGUCAUCGCCCCACGUUACGGGCAAAGGAAUAUCCUCGUUUACAUCCUCAUCUGCUCUGUGAUCGGGGCCUUCUCUGUGUCCGCCGUCAAGGGUCUGGGCAUCACCAUAAAGAACUUCUUCCAGGGGAUGCCAGUUGUGCGGCACCCCCUCCCCUACAUCCUGUCCCUGAUCCUAGCACUUUCGCUCAGCACUCAGGUCAACUUCCUCAACAGGGCGCUGGACAUUUUUAACACCUCUCUGGUGUUCCCCAUCUACUACGUGUUCUUUACCACAGUGGUGGUUGCCUCCUCCGUCAUCCUGUUUAAGGAGUGGUACAGCAUGUCUGCUGUGGACAUUGUGGGCACCCUCUCCGGCUUUAUCACCAUCAUCCUGGGUGUGUUCAUGCUUCAUGCUUUCAAAGACCUGGACAUCAGCCAGACCAGCUUGCCCCACAUGCACAAAAACCCAACCCCACCUCCUGCCCCUGAGCCCACUGUCAUUAGACUAGAAGACAAGAAUGUCCUUGUGGACAAUAUAGAACUCGCCAGUACCCCAUCGCCAGAAGAGAAGCCCAAAGUAUUUAUAAUCCAUUCCUAAAGCUUGGAAUACGUGAGCAAGAAGAUGAGCCCUACGGUACAGCCUGACUUCUCAAUUUCAGAGCCACCUGGUUAUUUUCAGCACAACUGUUACCAGUGGACUCUCCUUUCUGACACGUUUAUUUAUACCUCAUCGCUGUUUCCAGGAGAAAAGUCCCUACCCAGUGAGUGGUGGUGGUAGAAUUUCCUGGAAACACAGCCUCAGUGACCAAAUACCCUACUUUACGUUGGUGCCAGCAGGUCCCAGGGACCUGCCUUCUCACUUGUUUCCUCGGUGCCGUCUCUAUGUUGUUGGGAAGAAGGUAGAAUUUGACCCGUUGAAUGUAGCGCAGGCCAAGAACUUUCCUGAAAUGUUGGUCAUCAGGAAAUCCUUAGCACUAGCUCUCCUCCUGAGACUGAAUCGCCAUUCCUUAGCCCAAGGAUGAAGUGCAGCUGGCUUCCAGGGACCCAGAGAGCUGUUCGCCAAGCCUCUUCAUCCAGAGCUGAUAGAGACACAACUAAUGUAAGAUGUCUUCCUGCUUUCGCCACUUCUUCUUCGGAGACAAAAGCAAGAUCUCAGCUGACCCUCUUACUGUGAAAGCCACCUGAUGUCUCAGGGAAACAUUUCCACCAACCCCAUUCCCCGAGCACUCCAGCCUGGAGGUCAGCAUCUUAGUUUCCAUCAGCUCCACCCUCCUCCCCACCCUUUCCCUCUCUCUAUAUGUCCUAAGAGGUCAGUCACUGAGACAGUCAGUUAUCGUAGAACUCAAAACAUCAAUUUGCCUCCCUCUGGAGAGAGAACAGCAGUUGCACCGCUCUUAAAAGUAGCCUGGCUGUCCAGCUAGAAUUUGGCAGAGUGCAUUUUCCUUUUUCUUGAGGAGUAAACCAAAAUAUGAUUUGGGGACCUGGGGAGAAGAGUGAGGAGCUAAGUCAGGAUCUGGCAGAAAGCAGCCACAGGCUCUCUGGAAACCAGGGGGCCACCUUUUGUAUUUGCUCUGGUGCCCCACCAAGAACCCAGGUGGAAAGGGCUCUGGGUAGUUUCUGGCUGCAGCCUCAGAGGCUUGGCCAGUGGAAUCAGCUUUGAACUUCAGUGACCACGUAGGGGUAGAGGCUUGGCGUGGGGUGCAUUCUGGCUGUUGACCAGAUUGCCGCCAAGUCUCCAACUCCUCUGAUGAACUGCCACACUGGGAAGCAGCGUGUCAUGACUGCUCCAACACCACCUGCUUUGGGGACUGCCUUUGGUCCCCUCACAUUUGGCCAGAGGCGUUCAAAACAUAAGAGCAGCUGGAGAGAUAGAAUUGCUAUUCCUUCCCUUCCUGUCUUCUUUUUAGCUGCAAGAGUGUGGGAGUUGGUGUAAGGACCAUUGAAAUGGAAGUGAGGGAGCCAGCAUAUUUGUAAAGAGGGAAGACUUGAUCCUCAGCCCCCUAGCUGGUGCAGAGCUUCUCCUGUCUAACUCCACGUCUGUGUCCUGAAUUUACGUCCCAUGCCCUAAGAGAGGCAACCCCAGGCCAAACUCCUGCUGGCCUUGGAGCUCCAAAGGCUCAGCUGACCAACAGACUGGCUUCCUGCGCCUCCAGCCUCAAAUCUCCAGUUUUAAGUGAAUGUGGAUUUCUGUCUGUAACUAAAAUCAAUGCAACAUGUUGGAUCUUGAGAAGAGCUGUAAUCUGUGGGCCCUGGGAGUGUGGUCUGCAGGGUCAGGAAUAAAGACCUCUGAGUGUGUUUACUUGA